ACUUCCGCCGAAUCUAACCGGAAGUAGGUACGUGGCCGCUUCAGCUGACAGUCUACAUGAUGGCGACAGAGGUUCAGAGCGGCGACCUCGACAGCGCUACUUCCAGCCGGCUCGAAGUUUCCAUCGAUGGCCUCACCCUCAGUCCGGACCCGGAGGGCGAGCAGAGCCAAGUGGAGGAGCCGGACCCCGCACCCGCGGAGCCCGGGACCGAUACGCCGGGUGACGCUGGAGGCGAAGAUGGAGAGUCCUCCAAAUCUGCGAUAGAGAGGAAAUGGGGCUUUCCUCUGCAGGAGCUGUACGGAAUGGCCCUUAAAUUUUUCAAAGAUAAAGACGGCAAGGCCUUCCACCCGACGUACGAGGAGAAGCUUCGACUAGUGGCCCUGCACAAGCAGGUGUUGCUCGGCCCGUAUAAUCCCGACGCUUCACCGGAGGUCGGCUUCUUUGAUGUCCUGGGCAACGACCGCAGGAAAGAGUGGGCCUCCCUCGGCAACAUGGAGAAGGAGGAUGCCAUGGUGGAGUUUGUCAAGCUGCUUAACAAAUGCUGCAACCUCUUUGCCCCCUACGUCACUUCACACAAGAUCGAGCGGGAGGAGCAGGAAAGGAGAAGGAAAGAGGAGGAGGAGCGUCAGAGGCUGGAGGAGGAGGAGAGGGAGCGACAAAGGCAGGAGGAGGAGAGGCGGAGGCUGGAGGAGGAGGAACGGCAGAGGAGAGAGGAUGAGGAGAGGAGACAGGCAGAGGAGGAGAGGCUACGGAUUGAGCAGCAGAAACAACAGAUAAUGGCGGCGCUGAAUGCCCAGACAGCGGUGCAGUUCCAGCAGUACGCUGCUCAGCAGUACCCCAACAGCCCCGAGCAACAGCUGGGCCUCAUCCGCCAGCUCCAGGAACAGCACUACCAGCAGUACAUGCAGCAGCUCUACCAGGUCCAGCUGGCCCAGCAACAGGCGGCCUUACAGAAGCAGCAGCAGCACCAAACUGAUUCCGUGGUGCAGGGCAACCUGGAGACGAGCAGCUUCAACAGUGGCGAGCCCAUCCCCGCCUCAGCAGCUGGGCCGCUGUGCGCCGCUUCGCCGCUCGCCGGCGAGGAAGCACCUACAGUCAACGGGGGCCACUCCGACUCUUACUCGGAGAGCAUGGACCGGGAGCCGGAGCCUGAACACGCAGAGGAGGUCUCAGAGAACGGACCUUUAUUAGCAGACUCCCCGCCGGUCAUCGCCGCCCCGUCCAUGUGGACGCGGCCGCAGAUCAAGGACUUCAAGGAGAAGAUCCGGCAGGACGCGGACAGCGUGAUCACGGUGGGGCGCGGCGAGGUGGUCACGGUGCGGGUCCCCACCCACGAGGAGGGCUCCUACCUGUUCUGGGAGUUCGCCACGGACUAUUACGACAUCGGCUUCGGGGUGUUCUUCGAGUGGACGGACGCCGCCUCCGCCUCGGUCAGCGUGCACGUGUCGGAGUCCAGCGACGAGGACGAGGAGGAGGAAGGCGAACCCCCCAACGAAGAGGAAAAGGCCAAGAAGGACGCAGGGAAGCCCCAGGUGGAUGAGAUUGUGCCGGUUUACCGGCGGGACUGUCACGAGGAGGUGUACGCCGGCAGCCACCAGUACCCCGGCCGCGGAGUCUACCUUCUCAAGUUCGACAACUCCUAUUCGCUCUGGCGCUCCAAGAGUGUUUACUACAGAGUCUACUACACCAGAUAAGCCUGACUACAGACACAAGGGGGAGCCAAGGAGCGUGUAUGUUCAUAUAUGUGUGUGUGUGUGUGUGUGCGGCGAGCGUGUGUGUGUGUGUAGGUAGGUGGAGAUUUGUGUGAAGUCGGCCUGUGUUUGUGUGUGUGCGAAGGAGGAAGCGAUACCCGGUCUAUACUGGAUAAAACCACCAGAGGGUGACAAAGAGACACAUCUGGAGCCGUGGUCUGCAGAGUGGACUAAUAUGUAUGUAUUGUGUGUGUGUGUGUCUGCGUGCGUGACCCAAGUUACAUCCAUGCUAGAUCUCAUCAUCGAGCCCCUGGAAGAGGAGUGUGCGUCCCUGUUGUGUAUUCACCGCCUGUCCUUGCUGCGCUCACAUACGCCGCCGAGCUGUAGGACUACGCUCCCAUAUUGUAUUUUACCACGUCACCUCCCGGGCUUCUCUUCUGUCACCACCCCAGCACAGCACUGUCCACCGUGGCCUCGUGGCCGCUUCCGCCCCGAGUGACGCUUUCACAACCAUGAAGGGAAAGUCCACCGCUCCGCGAGCCAACGUUUUCUGUUUGAUGCUCGUUCAUCCCGCGAGGACACAGAUGAUGUUUUAAAUCCAGCGACGCUUCAUAACACUAUGCCUUCUGCUCAGAGAUCCUCUGACCUUCGUCUCAUUCACACAUUAAAAAGUACACAAACUACACCAUCCUGUUUGUUGUAAAACAGUCAUUCACUUCCCUAGCAACCGUGCAUAUGUGAAGAUCUGACAGGGUUGUUGAGUGGAAGCGGUUGUUUCUCUUUUUGGCUCAUUCUUGCACACAAACGUGCUGUUUCUGGCCUUUGUUUCUUUAUGCAGUCUGGUUGGCAGAGUGCGCCGCUAGUAGGUUUCUUUAACAGCUUAAUUUAUGAAGGACGGGGGAAAAAAAAGUCAUUCAGCCACACGGGUGUCGAGGGUAAGUAUGAUCGUGGGCCUUCUGGCCUCGUAAACACAAGCAUCUCAGUGUGUGUGAUAUAAAGUAAGAAGUUUAAAAACAACAUUAUUAAUGUUUCCCUUUCCCUUGCAAAAUUUUUAUUUUUAUCAGUGUGUUUGUGUUUCAGUAUCAUCCCUGUUUGUAUGGUUACAACACCACAUUGCUUUAAACUCUUCACUCGUUUUGGUCAUCAGUUCUUUAUUGGAAAAUCGCAAAAAGGAGGAGGAGGAGGAGGAGGUGGUGUGUGUGUGUUGAUCAUCUCUGUGUAAUCCUGGUUUGCUGUACUGGCACACAAGUGAAAAUAAAAAAAUCACUCGCCUCCCACGUUUUGGAGGUCAUUACACACUGUUACAUCUGUGCGGCAUUGAUUUAUUUUUUAUGUUUUUUCUUUGCGAUGAAUGAACUCGGGUAUUGUGAAUAAACUGAGAUGGUAGACUUCUAAUUGUGUCCUGGGUGACGUGGUUGCUUACUAACUCAGUGACGACAUCUAAAUGUAUUCUCCUGCUUAAAAGCAUUUUGUUGCCGUUAUCUAGAUUCAUUCUGUUCAGUUGUGCGUCACGCGUGACACCGACACUUCGGUGCAUUGCGAGCAGUGUUGUAUUAACUGUGCCCUUGAGUCUGAAUGAUGGUCGCUUAACGGGUGGCUGGUUUCACUUUUGUCACGCUUCCCGUGCAUUUUUGUAUGCGACCAAACUUUAAAGGUCUGUGGAAUAUGGAAGCUGGGCGACCCCUCCGGUUUGACAUGAUUUAACCGAUUCCGCCACCAGUCCGUUCAGUGAUUUGUGUAACGAAAUGUCACCAUCUACGGCUUAAUUUAGCCUUUAAGGAAGUUCCCAUAUCUUCUGAUAUGUGUUGUGUGUUUUCUGUUGAGUUUCUUACCGCUCACCCAAAUGGUUUGAGUUGACUUGUUCAAGCCUUGUAUGUAAAUAAUUCUAUAAAUGAGUUUAUGUAUGGGUUUUUAGACGUGGAAGAUGGAUAUGGUUUUGCAAAUUGAUGCACUGUAAAAAAACAAACAAAAAAAAAAUAAGGUGAAUGAGAUUUACACUUUACCCCGAAUGAAAGUCCCAAACUUGUAGGAAGUAUGAAACUGUUAGACUCAGAGAGAAAAGCUCAUCUUUUUGUAUUGUUUUGUUUGGAUCUCUUAUGAGUUGCAAGUUCUUUUUUUUUUUUUUUUUUUUU